AACAUCGUUUCUUACUACACACACACACUCUCUCUUUCUCUCACGCAUAGUCCACUUUUCUUCAAUUUGAUUUUUUUGGUCGGGAUAGGUAUCGCCGGUGGAAAUGCAGCUCCUUCCGGCCAUCCUAACGACUCUCUGCCUCGUCUUCUUCUUGCAGCUGCUUCGAGGAGGAGGCGCCUCUGCCUCCGUCCCUACUCGCUCUACUCGCCGCGUGGCAGCCCCUCAUUGGCUCCCCGCCACCGCCACCUGGUACGGAAGUCCCGAGGGAGACGGCAGCAGCGGAGGAGCGUGCGGGUACGGGUCGCUGGUGGACGUGAAGCCGUUGAAGGCAAGAGUGGGAGCGGUGAGUCCGGUGCUGUUCAAGAGCGGCGAAGGAUGCGGCGCUUGCUACAAGGUCAGGUGCCUCGACAAGACCAUCUGCUCCAAGAGACCCGUCACCAUCAUCGUCACCGACCAGUCUCCUUCUGGACCAUCCGCUCGUGCCAACCACACUCACUUCGACCUCAGCGGCGCCGCCUUUGGUCAUUUGGCUAUUCCCGGCCAUUCCCGCCUCAUCCGCAACCGCGGCCUCAUCUCCCUCCUCUACCGCCGGACUGCAUGCAAAUACAGAGGGAAGAACAUAGCGUUCCAUGUGAACGCAGGAUCAACUGCUUAUUGGUUAUCUCUUCUCAUCGAGUAUGAAGACGGAGAAGGUGACAUUGGCUCUAUGCACAUUCGUCAGGCAGGCUCCAAGGACUGGAUACCCAUGAAGCACAUUUGGGGAGCCAACUGGUGCAUCGUCGGAGGUCCUCUCAAGGGACCGUUAUCAGUCAAGCUCACCACUCUGUCCAAUCACAAAACGCUCUCCGCCACCGACGUCAUCCCCAAAAACUGGGUCCCCAAAGCUACUUACACCUCCCGCCUCAACUUCUCCCCUGUCCUCUAACCAAUUUCUAAGCUUUUCCCCUGUUCUCUGUCUUCACUUCCACUUUUUUUUUUGGUUAUUGGGAGAGAGAAACAGAGAGCUAGGACAAUGAGUAAGUGAGUGAGAGAGAGAGAGAGAGAGAGAGAGAGAGAGCGAGAGAGGAUGGAUAGCAAACAGAAUCCAAUCCCUUUCCUCUCUUCAUUUUUUGUUUUGUUUGGAGUUGUGUAUGUGUCGGUGAGUUUAGCCAUCUCCAAAGUAAGAGGGAGAGAGCUUGAUUGUGUGACUAAUUACUACUUACUAGUCUCGUGGUUCUUUUUCUCCUUCUAAACCUUGUAAAAGGCGAUAGGAGUAUCUAUAUAAUAAUGU